AGUUGCCUGCCUCCUGCCUUGUUGAGGUGAAUGAGUCGGUUGAGGCAACCUCUAUUUUCUGUAAUCAGUAUUGGAUAUAUCAAAUUAUUUAACUAGGAAAAUUAAGUCUUUGCAUUGCGAAAAGGCCAGUGUCCUUUUAAGAAUGAUAUUGUACGCACCACAUGGAAACUCGCUUUAUGUUCUUUUUUAUAAAUAAAAAUUUUGUAUGAGGUCUAAACAAUAAUUAUUUUGGGUCUUGCAGUGGUAUAUUUUAGGUCAAAUUGUUUUGUUUCUCUAGUAACUCAAGUUUACUUUCAGUUAAUCAAGUGAUAAAAAUCAUCAGUUUCAGUACCCAAUUGGCAUAAUCUGAAAGUAGUAUCAGUUAUGGCUAAAAGGCGAAGAGGCAGUGCCAAUGGGAAAGGGAAAGAUUCUAAAAACAAAGAUAGAAGUUUGUCAACAGAAACUGAUGAUAAAGAAGGAGAAGGAAAGAGUUCUGGAGAUGUAAAUCUAGAUGAAUCAUCGGCACCAAAGGAUCCAGGAGGUUCUGAAGAGGAAGUAAACAUAUCAAAUACAGAAUCAGAUAAUGGAAAUGAACCUUCUUCUCAAGAAAAUCUUAUGCCAAUCGAUAUUCAACAAAUGAUUUUGGGUGACUUGCAGACUGCUGGGGGAGGAGAUGAGAUUAUAGUGAGUAGGGAGCCAGCAGGGGACAGUAUUGAAGAUGAGAUGGAGAUCGUGGCAGAGUCCCCAAGAGAGGAGGAAUACGAAGUUCAUACAGAAGGUGAAGAAGAUGAGGAGUUGGUGUUAACGAAUGAUGAAGAUGGCGAAGAGGGGCAUCAGUACGUGAUAGUUUUGGACAGUGAUUAUGAGGUGACCAAUCAUGAUGAUGCUAGCCAGGAAAUUAGUAUACAAAACCUGACAGAACUGCAAGAGGGUUCUUGUGAGAUCAUAACGGUUGUGAGGGAGAGUGAUUAUGAGAGUAGUCAGGAAUCUGUGGAUGGGAUCGAAGAAGAUUGUGACAACAUAAAUGCUGUUAUAGGAACAAUAGAUGGUAUACAUUGUGUUAAAAUUUCACAGUAUAACUCAGAUGAUGAGUUGUCUAUCCAUGAAGAUGAAGUAGAAGAGGAUGAAAUUAGAGUGACAGAGCAUGAAACUGAAAUCGAAUGUUUUUCUAGUGUCGGGAAUGACGGUGAUGAAGUGCUUGUUGGUAACAGUGAAAAUGUAGAUAUUGAAAUGCUAGAGGCUGUCAGACCUCCUGAUAUUGAAGACUCUACUGAAACUAAGGAACCAAACUGUAUAGAGAAAAUAAAUAAUUCCAGAGAAAUACAUGUACUACAAAAGGAAUGUGAUAGAAAUUACAAUACUGAUCAUAAAGUAGUAACUGAAGAACUUACAAGUGAACCAAAGUUUAAUGUGCAUGAAAAUAAUUGUGAAUUAGUUGUAGAAACGCCUAAGGUAACUGAGAUUAUAGGGGAAGUAGUCAUUGUUGAGGAUAAAGAAAUCGAUGAAGAAUUUUGUGUAAAAGAUGAUGAGACAUCUUUGCCUCAGGUGGCUUGUGAAAGGCUUGAUAGUAAACCUGAGGAAAGCCUAGAUCUUCCUAGUAGCAAUAAAGACUUGAAUGUUAAAAUUGUGGAGGAAAAUUGUGUACCUGACAGUAGUGAAAGUAAAGAUAAUAGGGUUACAAGAACUUUAAGGACAAGAACAAAAUCUGUAGGCCUAGAAAAUAAAAGUUUAGAUUUAGAAAAUAAAGAACUUUCUAAAAAGGAAGAUAUUAGUUCUCAUAUAAAAUUUGAACAUCUUGAAAAUUUGCAGGAACAUAUUAUCAGUAGCAAUUCUAGUGUUUCUGAAAAUAUGAGUUCGCAAGUUUCAGAUGUUUCAAGUCAAUCACCAAAAAAAGAAAAUAGUAGUUCUUUGCAUGAUUUCUUUGACAUAGAACGUGACAAUAAGGUAGAGAUAAAAGGAGAUGUUUUAGUGAAGGAAGAAUUGUCUUUGAAAGAAGAAUCGGAGAAACAGGCAACAUUCCGAAAUAGAAGUGGCAGUACUGAUACCACCGGUUCUGAAAGUGGAUCGAACUCGGGUUCAGGUAGAAGACGAAGUGGCAGAAUAAAGUCAAUCAGCUCUUUGAAGCAAAGUGAAUUGGACAAUUCCAGAUCGGGUGGUACAGGUUCUAUGGUGACAAGCACCACAACCCCACCGGUCCCUGGGUACGAAGCGGACAAACCUGUGAAGGUCAAGUCACGCUGGAGGCGUUCCAGUGAACUGGAGAUGGGUUCCAGCAACAGACGACAACUGGAACUGGACGUGAUAAAUGCCAAUUUGAGGUUGCAGAUGGACUCUGAUAACACAAUGACACCACCUCCCAGAUCGGGGCAGCCCUCUACACCUCCUUACACGCCUCCACCUGACAGAGAAGUGGAGGACAUCCUUGCGAAGUUCCAACACUUGGACUGCAAUGAAUACCUCACUGACAGAUCAAAAAGUAAAGAUGCUAAACGCAUGGUGUGUGACUGCACUCUUACCAAGGAGGAGCUAGCUAGAGGGGACAUGGGUUGUGGAGAAGACUGCCUCAAUAGACUACUUAUGAUUGAAUGCGGAGCGAGAUGUAUGUUGGGGGAGCGAUGUGCCAACAAACGCUUUCAGAAUCUAGAGUAUGCCAAGUGUGAAGUGUUCAAGACAGAAAUGAAAGGAUACGGUCUAAGAGCAUUAGAAGAUAUUUCUCCUGACACAUUUCUGCUAGAGUAUGUAGGUGAAGUACUGGAUCCAAAGGAGUUUAGGAAACGUGCCAAAGAAUAUGCCAAGGACAAGAAUCUUCACUUCUACUUCAUGGCGCUCAAGUCGGACUCUAUCAUAGAUGCAACACAGAAAGGCAACAUCUCACGCUUCAUCAACCACAGUUGUGACCCAAAUGCAGAAACCCAAAAAUGGACUGUUAAUGGUGAAUUACGAGUGGGGUUCUUCAGCAAGCGCCAGAUCGCUAUGGGCGAAGAGAUAACGUUUGAUUAUAAGUUCCAACGUUAUGGGAAAGAGGCGCAGAAGUGUUACUGCCAAGCAGCUCUCUGUAGGGGUUGGAUCGGGGAGGACCCGGAGAAGGAGAACAAGUGGUCGGACAUCAGCGGACGCAGCCGGGAACGGAGAGAGAAGGAGAGGAAGAAAAAAGAGGACAAGAGGAACUUAAAAGAUACUCUCAACGAUAUAGAUUUGGAAGAGGAAAUAGAGAAAUUGGUGCUGAAGAACCGAGCACAGACGCUGAUGCUGUGCCGACUGAUGGUGCGGGCUGAGGACCACGCGUCCAGAGUCCAGCUGCUGAGGAUACUCCAGAACGGGGAGACCGCCUGCCUGAGACUCUUCCUGGACUACCACGGUCUGCGUUUGGUCUGGAGUUGGAUGAUGGAUCCGGCGUCUUCUUUUUCUCUUAAAAUUGAGAUUCUGGAGACGUUAUCAAAACUGCCGAUCCCAAACAAGACAAUGCUGCAGGACAGCAGGGUACUCGGCGUGGUGGAGAAGUGGUCUACUACAGCUCUCAUGGUGGGGGAGGCCAAACACAGAAGUUCAACUGAAGAUGAGGUGGAUAAGAGCAGUGACGCAGACAAGGAGAAGCAGACGAAAGGAAGCGACUCGGAGAAGAACUCUGACGACUCCAACCUGAGCCGGCCGGCGGAGAAUGAGGAACAGACGGAGGCCAACAAGAAGAAAAUUGUGGAGAUGGCCAAUGGCCUGCUGCAAGAGUGGGCCUCUCUCAAGGAGGUUUUCAGGAUACCCAAGAAGGAGAGGAUUGAACAAAUGAAGGAACACGAGCGAGAAGCUGUAUGUGUGACAGUUAACUGUGUCUUGAAGUUCACCUGUACCUCUCCUUUCCUAGCCAAACCCUCCCUAGACCUACACAGAUGUACAGGACGCUACAAAGUUUGCAGAGACAAUUCAGUUGACAAGCAGGACAAAUCAUACGACAGGCACUGGAACCGCAAUGACUAUGACAGGAGGGACAGGGAUAGAGACAGGGAUCGAGACAGAGAUCGAGAUCGUAAGAGAGGAAGAGACUCACCGGACUCAGAUAAGUCCAGGAAAUCAGCCAAAAUUGAUGACAAGCAGACACAACUCAGCAAGCUGGAGAGAAGGCAGCGGUUUGCAAUUCGAGCGGCCCAGGAAGAGGAGCAGCGACUGAGACGGCAGCAAGAGAGUCUGUGGCAGGAGCAGGUGAAGAUGGCAGCACAUGAGUUGGCAGCUCAGCAGGCUCAGGAGUUCUCCAACUACCAGUGGCUGCCCUUUCCUCCUCCAGAGUCCGGUAUGAUGCCCCCUCAGCACAUGGAGGGCCAGCCUAUGUUUGGGGCUGUCAACCCCAACAAUCCUCCACCUUUCUUGUUCACACAGAACGGACCCCAGAUACAUCAACAUCCUCCAUUCCUGGACCCCAAUCACAAUCCUCAGUUCCACAACCCGGUCAAUCCUUUGUUCAACCAUCCUCCUCCUCUACCCAAGCAACCUUUACUGCCCACCCCGCCUUUACCGAACCAACCACUCUUACCGACGCCUAAUCAGUCCAUACUUCACAACCCGAGUCAACCGUUACUCCACAAUCCCCACAAUCCGAGUCAACAGAUUCUCCACAAUCCGAGUCAACCAUUACUUCACAAUCCAAGUCAGCCUUUACUCCACACUCCGAGUCAACCCUUACUCCACACUCCGAAUCAGCCCUUGAUGCCUACCCCUUCUUUACCGAAUCAACCGCUUUUACCGACCCCGAAUCAACCGAUGCUUCACACCCCGCCACUGCCGAACCAACCUUACAUGCCGAGUCAGCAGGGUCAGCCUCUGAUGUCGAAUCCACCUCCAUUGCCAAGUCAGCCACAUCCUCUGAACCUCCCUCAGUUCACAACACAACCACCCCUCCCCAAUCAGCCACCCCCCGUCGUGAUGACGAGUCAGCCUCCACCUGUCACCUCCAUGAACUAUCCUCAAGACAUGGGUGUCUCUCAGCACUUCCAGUCCGCACCUCAGACCCAGUUCACCCAGCCACCUCCGUUCACGACACAACCGCCGCUCCCCAGCCUCCCGCCCGCUCCGAGCCCUCAGAAUCCCGUGUACACGACCCCCGUGGUACCCGCCACUCCGGUGACCUCGGCAGUGGCCUCGGUGCCUCUCUACCUCCCGGUCCGCCUGCCUCCCCGGUGGAAGAGUGCCAAGGACGCGGAGGGCCGCACUUACUAUUACCACGUGAAGACGAGAGUGUCGCAGUGGAUGCCGCCGAUGUGGGAGCAGCAGCAGAUCGUGCACGAGUCCGAGACUGACACCGACUCUUCCGACAGUGACGACGAUGACAGCUCUUCGGAAGAUGAGGAACAAGAGGAAGAGAAGGUGGAAGAAGAAGAACCGGAGCUGGUAGAAGAAAUGACAAACAAUGAGGACCUCGGAUGUGAGGAGCUAGGAGACUCUCCCUACGAGCCAGAGACCAUGGAGUUGUUGGAGGACAUCGUCGAGGACACCAAGAAGAAGGGUAAGGACGUCCUCGUCCAGGAGAGAAUCAUCAGUCCACGGACAGCAGACGAAAUACCGGACAAACUGGACAAGAGAAAAAUUCGGGAACUGAAAGAGAAGCUGCGGCGUCAAAAAGCGAAAGAGAAACAGCGCUUGAAGCAGAAGAGUAAAUCGAAAGGCAGAAGUGCGACCAGUAAAUGUGAAGCGGACACUUCAAGUGAUCCUGGCAGGAAGAUCAAGGAUGCCUUCAGACUGAACAUGGCUGGAGUUAUAGUUCAUUACCUGAACGCCUACAGGAAGCCUGACUGCAAGUUUGGGAAAAUCACCAAUACAGAUGACUUCAAACACCUGGCGAGAAAGCUGACGCACUUUGUGAUGCUAAAGGAGUUAAAACACUGCCGCAGUGUGGACGAGCUAGAAUGUAAUGAUAAUGUGAAGCACAAAGCUCGGGACUUCAUCAAGAAGUAUAUGGCCAAGUUCGGUCCAACCUACCAGAGGCCUGACGAUGACUAACAGAUGUGCUGACCACUACCGGCCGCGCCCGUGUAGUGGACUGUGGACCAGUUCCUUAACCCUAUUGUACAGAUCUGUAUCAUACGUUAUGUGUUCAUGCCACAUGUUAUUUAUAGUACCUUUGUAAUUAUUUUGAACAGAAUGUAAUGCUUUAACAUCGAAUUUUUGUACUCGUUGUCUAGUUUAAGUAUUGUUAUUAAUUUUAACAAUGUUUCAAUUAUUAGGUAUCAUUUUGUAAUUGAUUUUGUUUUAUUUUAAUUGUUAUUUUUCUAGAUUGUUUUGAUUUUAAUUUAUUACAACAGUUUUUACGAUGCCCUGAACAUUUGUAAAUAAAUCGUAGAGAUUAAUCAAUAAUGUAUUAUGAAGAACGAUUAUUAGCCGGUGGAAAUUAUAGUUUAAAUUUUUACUGCUCUGCAUUUUAUACGAUCUCCUUUGCAUGAACUGGAAAAAGGAUUAAACUAACACUUUUGUAAAUGCGUUUUUAUUUGUAUUAAAUACUUGUAAGUGACUGACUUUAAGUUGUAAUUAAAUAAUUUUAUAUUUAUGAUAAUUCAUUUAUUAAAAUUGUUAUGUACAUUUUCCCAAUAGAUUUUAGCCUGUUGUUGUGAAUUAUUGUUUCGAUAUAAUAAGUACUAUAAAGAUAAUUAAUUAUUUCUUAGAAAAAUCUAUUUUACUCAAAUAAAGUUUGAACUCUUUCAUUUUGUAA